AUGGGCGGCCUAGCCAUGCAACUUCUGGGCGACUGCGUGGAGGCACAGCCUGACGACCUACAGAAAGCCAAGGAGCUCCGGGAGCAAGCCGGGCUGGGAGACAUCUCGGCUUCUGCGCAAGCUUUGGAGCAGCUUCCCGAUGUCAUUAUCGACGAAGGCACCUUCAAGUACGUUCUGCUGCGCGUCACAGCAGCGAGUGGAGAGAGAAAAUAUCUUGUCCGUGGCACCCUGGGUGCUGAGUUCCACAAAGAUGUGGCACUGCCCUACCUCCGGGCGUACCUCAAGGACGGCUUCGGCGUAGAGAUCCUGGGUGGCGGCCGAAUCUUGCACGAUGUACCGAGGGGCUUCCUGAAGAUCUACGGCUUCUCCUAUGGGUUUCCCUGGGCCGAUGGCGCUGGGCACGAGAUCUCUGCCGAGGUCUGCAGAGAGUUCUUUUCCGGCUACGAGGCGGGUCAGAUGCACCGCAUCCGCUCCAAGACGCAACGUUGCUUCAGCUCGGUAGUUUGCACAGAUCUCAUCUUCAUGCGCCGCCUAGAGCCCUCAAUUGAGAAGUACAAGUGUAACCUCCAUCACGUGGAGGUUUCUGGACUCACAGAUGUCGCUCGACCCCAGUCUAUCUUCAAGGCCGAUAAGGACUGCGGGCGUGACUUGCACCAGAUCUGCAGGGGUGCUUUGGUAGCCACGGUGGAGGAGCAGCGCCGCGACGAGGCUUUCAUGGAGCGCCUGCAAAGGCUGGCACGGGAGGCAGUGCAUGCGGCGCUGACCUGGCCCUUCCUCGAGGACCACCGGCGGCUUAUCUGGGCGGCCGUGCUGCAGUUCAACGCUGUGCCGACCCAGGACUUGCCACCCUGGUUUUUCGAGCAGAAGAACUUCACCCGCCGGCACCUAGGCGUGGACCUUUGCAGCCUGGAUGGAAAGAGGGCGAUUCUUUGUCGGGUGGACAACGCCACGCUGCAGGAUGUGAAGAGGUUUCUGCGGACGGCAAGAUGCAUGGGUGAGGCUCCGCAAUGCACGCUCUGGACUCUCCGCGGCUGCAAGAUCCCCGGCGACUCCAAGAGGUGCCUGCGCAAGUACGGCUGCCAGUGCAAGAUCCUCACCAAGACGAGGCUGCGCAACCUCAUGCAGGAGUCCGCCUCGGAAGCGCGUGAAUCCGGCGAGGUGCCUCUUGGAGGCGGCACAGCACCGGAUCCGCCCUUGCGGCCCUGCCAGGAGGCCUGCCUGGAGGCGUGCGCCAAGGGAGCCCGGGUCAUCGAGAUGGCCUGCGGCACCGGGAAGACGCGCGUGAUCCGGGAGCUGGCGGCGAAGCAGACGGGCAAGGUCUUGGUUACGGUCCCUUCGCGGAUUCUGUUGGAGCAAUUCGCUCAAGAGAUGCCAGGCUUCUGCAAGCUGGGCACCAAAUACAACAGCAAGAUUGACAUGGCAUCACGGCUGUUCGUCGCUGUAAGCGAUUCUGUGCGGCUUCUGAAGAAGCUCGAAUUCGAGGCGGCUUUUGUCGACGAAGCUCAUCACCCAUUGCCACCAGGAAUGCCAAGCUGCGAAGAUCUUUUCAAGUUUUCGGCGACACACAAGGAAGGAGUGGAUUUUAGGUUUAGCUUGGGUGAAGCGAUCGAGCAGGGAGUCUUAUGCGAAUACGACCUCACGGUGCCUGUGACCACAGAAGGCCAUCCCUACGUUUGUUUAGCCAACCUGUUGCUGUCACAAGCUGGACGAUUUCGACGGGUGCUCGCAUACUGCAACUCCAUCGCAGAAGCUAAGCGUUUCCAGCAGGUGUUGGAGAUUACGGGGUUGGCAGCGUGGCACAUCAACGGGCAUGCCACUCGCAAAGCACGAGAGCGAGUUAUGCACGAGUUUUCGGGUGAUCUGAAGAAGCCCUUGCAUGUACUCGUGACGGUCCAAGUGCUGGGCGAAGGCGUCAAUAUUCCGAAUGCCGAUACCUGCAUGUUCGUGGAGCCACGCAGCAGCUACGUGAGCAUCAUCCAAGCCAUCGGCCGGGUGUUGCGGCCACACUCGACCAAACCCUUGUCUCACAUUGUUCUGCCCGCGAUUGCGGUCCCUUCCAUGCCCACGCCCAACACAGACGGAGCCAUUAGUCGUGUUUUGGACGAGAUCGCGAAGAGUCCCGAGUCCGAUGCACGACUGUCUUCCUCUGUUGUGACGGCGGAGCGUGUCCAUGACGACCCUCUGGAACUCCCGGUGCCUCUGGGCAGGUCGGCAGCUGGCGGUCCAGAAGAGCUUUCAAGGGAUGUCGAACGUCGAAGUGAGCCUGAGCCAAACGAGCAUGUUACCAAUGCUCUGGGGAAUUCGUCUCCCGGACUCCAGACGGAUGCCCUCACCGAUGGUGCUGGCGAGUGGCCGUCACUAGCUUGCGCUGAACUUGCCACCAACGGAAAGGGACGGACUGGCCAAGUUUGCAGCGAGGCCGACACAGCAACACAGACGAAUUCUCAAACUGGAUCGUGCAGCAAGCGAGGCAAUUCUACGAAUGAAAGAUCUGUCAGUUUAUUCGCGACUGAAGCGACGGCACAGCUGUCACAUGCUAGAGUUGUGGUCGAGGACCCCAUGCUGACGUCGAACCCAAGCGCAGCCCCGACACCUUUGUCGCAAUACUACCAACAGGAUGCACAGCUCCAUCGGCUAGAAGCUGCAAGCAUGCCACCAACAGCCGCUUCGAAGCUGAAGUUUAAGACGAGACCAGGCGACAGUCUUGUUGGGAACGGCCAUGCUAACCAGCUCGACAGGUUUUUGGAGGCAAUAGCUCGGGCGGACAGGCGAUUUGCUGAUGCAGACCUUAAGCAUUUGAAGUCUCGUCUCUGGGUGAUGGACUGCAGGCUGCAACAACCCCUGUUACAGAAGCUGCUAGUCAGCAACGUGCAGUAUCAGUUGGCCCUGAUCCUGCAGCAGUGCGAUGCAUGGGAUCUGAAUCUGCGAGCCGUCGAACAACAUGCGCGAAACCGCGGCAGGCUGCCACGGCAGCGAAGCGCUGACCCGGAGGAGAUGCGCUUGGGUAGUUGGCUGCAGCAGGUUGGCAUCGCGCUGGGAAGGCAAAAGCUUGCGGCGACCAGGGUGCAGAAGCUUUCCAAUUCUUCAUGCAUCAGUUUGAGAUUCCGCUUGGCGAAGUGGCUGGAGGCGGAGAGUCCUUUCGAGCGAUGCGUGAAGAUGGUGCGGCAGUUUGUUCAGCUUCAUGGCAGGAUGCCAACAAACCUCAAAACGAGUUCCAGACAAGAGAGCAGUUUGCUUUGGAACCUGCGAGGUUUUGUUGCACACAUAAACAAACAACGUGAACAGCGCCUUCAGUAUCUGGAAAAUCAGGGGCCCAUUAUCGCUCAGUGGGCGAGGUCAAUGCGAGCACGACAGCUCAGUCUCUCCGCAACCCUAUGGAAUCGACAGUUUGGCCGCCUGAUUGAGUUCCUAGAGACGAAGAAUAAGGUGCCAACACCAGGAGCGGGCCCUGGCCGGGAGCAUGCUUUAUACUGUUGGUUGUUGAAACAGCGAUCAUACCUGCAUCAGCUCCCGUCGGAGUUCCGGGAAAAGUUGCUCGACUGCCACCAGGCAGUCGCAUGUUUCCUGCAGGCCGAGGGAGGUCGCCGAGCCUCAAAAGACCUUUGA